AUGGAUGACUUUGCGUACUCCGGCUUUGCGACUGCGACCAUCAGCGACCAACCGAUAUCGGCGUCCAACUGGAUGUCAGACCCCAGGCUCGACAUCCGCGACACACAAUACAAGCUGGCGUCGCGAUCUGUUGACGGUGAUGGUCCUGGUACUGGCCUGACCAGUCCGACCCAGAGCCACAAGAGAAAUGCCUCUGUCGCGGGGUUCGACAGCUCGCCUGCGAGUGCCAGCUUCGGCUCUCCGGAUUUGAAUGAUGAACAUGGCCGCGCUGAUGGUAAGCGCAGGCCGGUCAAGCGAGCGUGCAAUGAGUGUCGGCAGCAGAAGCUACGAUGCGAUGUUGUUCAAGAACCCUUCCAGACAUGCUCGAGAUGUAGGCGGCUCAAUCUCGAAUGCAAAAUCGAAGACAAUUUCAAAAGAGUGGGCAAGAGAUCGCGCAAUGCAGAAAUGGAACGGGAAAUCGUGGAGUUGAGGAGACAGGUCGCUGCGCAAAGGUCAGGAUCGGUAUCGACUUCGAAUGGCGGAUUUCAGAAUGGAAACGCCAGCCUCAGUCUUCCUCAGACCGGGCUGGCUUCCUUCACACAAGAUGCUGCGGCCGCAGGACUUUUGGAUCUGAGGGAAGGCAAGAGUCCAGGGAGGGCAAUAUUCAAACGGCUAGAAGAUGUGGCUGUGACUCAGGAUCGAGUACAAGAGCUCUUCCAGCGGUUCUUUACCUUCCAACACCCAUUUCUACCCUUUCUCAAUCCCGAAAGAACGCCAGAAGAGUAUCACACAAGAUCACCUUUGUUGUUCUGGACGAUCCUAACGGUGGGGGCACGCCAUUAUACACCUGAACCAGAACUCUUCAACGCCCUGACUGGGCCAUUGACGCGACUGAUGUGGUCAACGAUAGCUGAAGUCCCUCAGAACUACCACAUCGUCAAAGCUCUGAUACUACUAUGCGCUUGGUCAUUACCUACGAGCAGCACAUCGACAGAUCCAACGUUUAUGAUCUGUGGAAUGAUGAUGCAGAUUGCCCUACAGAUAGGCUUACAUCGUCCGACUCAUGCUCAAGAUUUCAGCAAAUUCCGCGUCGAACUGAGAGAGGUCGAAAUGCAAGAUCGCGUCGUGGUUUGGAGUGUAUGCAACAUUGUGGCGCAAAGGAUAUGCACCGCGUAUGGACAGCCUCCUCUGACAAUCUACGACUGGACUCUAGGGCCAAAGCCCAUCGAAACCAACCCCAACUACGAAUUGCCGGCACCGAUAUACAAUAGGCUUCUCAUUGAGAAGUUUGUGGAUAAGGUCUCGCGGACCCUGUACAUGAACGCUCAUGAUCCGGUGGGACUGGCAAGUGAUGCAGAACGUCCUACGUACGUAUCGUUCCUGGCGCAUGAUUUCGAGGAACUUGAAGAUAAACUCAGGCACGAUACCUCGCCGAUCACCAACCUCUAUCUGAAAGCCGCGGCCUUGCACAUGAGGCUGAGUGCCUUCUUCUCGCCACCUUCUCUACCUUCCUAUCGCGCCGAUAUGUUCAAGCUCUACCAAAGCACGACCCAGUUUCUCGAGACUUGCUUGGGCCUUGAGAACAGCAUGAGCGUAAGCCUACCGUCCAGCUAUUCACAUGGACUGUCGUUAGCUCAUGCGACCAACUACAUUUUCCACAUGAUGUUGGCUGCUGGGUUCUCGCUUCUUAAAUUGAUGCACAACUUCCUCGAUGAGCACGAUAUGGACGUUCAAGGAGCGUCCGAGCUACUGUCGAGAACCGUAUGGGCGUUGCGGAGUAUGAGCGUGGUGGAGAAUGAUCUUGCCGAGAGACUCGCCGAGGUUUUGGCCCAGGUCUGGAAGAGCGGGAGAGUUCGAGCGAAGCCUGAUGUCAACAAGACCGGUGAAGGUGAAGUCGAUGAUAGUCUUCAGUUGAAGGUCAAAUGUCGCAUGUCGGUUUCAUUGGUCUUUGACUCGGUGUGGCGAUGGCGGAGGAAUUUCCAUUUUGGUGGAGGAAAGCCAUCUGAUGUUCGACAAAAUGAUGCCAAACUUCAACAGGCUGAUAGCGUUCUCAUCCCCUCUUCUUUGACAACUGUAGACGCCUCGGUCAACGAUCCUAUGCUGUCGGCAUCUGCCAUUGUUCCUGGCAUGGCUGGGAUGGCUACGGGUAUGGUGGAGAACAACAAUGGCUAUCCCAUGGAUUACAGUCAGGCGAGUUACGACGUGUUUGAUCCUCUGAACUGGAUGCUCGACGGUAUCGUGGAUUUCCCCUACAACUUUAAUAGUUCGGGGAUUGAUACGAUGGGUGGAAUAUGA